UCUCGUAGUAGCAGCAGCAGUAGUCGUAGUCGAGAGAGCGCAUUGGAUCUCUUUCAUUCCACGAGACUAGCUUCCAGUGAAGGACGUAGAGAGAAACGGUAGGGUUUGGGUGCUUGUGAGAGGAGGAGAAAGAGGAGGAGGAGGAGGAAGACGAGUAGUAGCGGAACAGAAGCUUUGUAAGGAGUGGAACCAAGAGGCAGCACAACAUUGGGGUGGCGGGGGGCUGGUGUUGGGGGCUAAGUAAUGCGAACAGGAGCUUGCACACUGCAACAGGCCCUCACCGCAGAGGCUGCCUCGGUGCUCAAGCACUCCCUCAGCUUGGCCAGGCAGAGAGGCCAUGCGCAGGUCACCCCUCUCCAUGUCGCUGCCACACUCCUGAGCUAUUCCUCGUCCGCCUCCAACCUCCUCAGGAGAGCCUGCCUCAAGUCCCAGCCCCACCACCCUGCCUCUCACCCCCUCCGCUGCAGAGCGCUCGAGCUGUGCUUCAAUGUGGCCCUCAACAGGCUACCCACCACUCCCCCGCCCUCCUCCGGCCCGCUCCUCACCUCGCAACCUUCUCUCUCCAACGCUCUCAUUGCCGCCCUCAAGAGAGCGCAGGCCCACCAGCGGAGGGGCUGCAUCGAGCUCCAACAGCAACAGCUGCAGCAACAACAGCAGCAGCAGCAGCCCGUCCCGGGCAUCAAGGUGGAGCUGGAGCAGCUCAUCAUCUCCAUCUUGGACGACCCCAGCGUGAGCAGGGUGAUGCGAGAAGCUGGCUUCUCCAGCACCUGUGUCAAGAACAACUUGGAGGAGGAAAGCUCCGUCUUGUUGGGCCAGUCCUCACCGUUUCUACUCGAGUCACACAAAGACAUCAUCAACCAUGGGAGCAGCUUCUGGCAGAGCCCGCUGUUUAAGCUGUGUUCUCAGCAAAGCGCACCAUUCCCGGCGCCCUCCUCCCAUAAGGAGGACCUAAGCGCAGUCUUGGAGGUGAUGCUCCGGAAACAAGGGAGGAGGACCAACGCUGUGGUGGUGGGAGACUCCAUUUCCAUGACAGAGGGGAUUGUAGCUGAGCUCAUGGCAAAGGUCGAGAGAGGUGAUGUCCCUGACGAGCUCAAGGCCGCGCAUCUCAUCAAGCUUCAGCUCUCCUAUGUUCAUCUUAGGCUCAUGAGUAGAAGUGAUGUGGACCUGAAGGUUUCUGAUCUCAGGAGAAAGAUUAGUUCCUCAGCAUCAGAUAGAGUAGGUGGAUUUGGCGUCAUCAUCUACGCAGGGGAUCUGAGAUGGGCAGUCGAUGAGGAGACCAAAGAUGGACGUGGGUUUAUGCCAGUCGAACACAUGGUGGCAGAGUUGGGAAGGUUGCUAUCUGAGUGCAGGAGCAGCAGCAUCAGCAACGGUGGUGCGACUGUGAACAGAAAGGUGUGGCUACUGGCCACUGCAAGCUAUCAGACAUACAUGAAGUGCCAGAUGAGGCUUGAGACCCAAUGGAACCUUCAAGCCGUGGUGGUUCCCUCAGGUGGGCUCGCGCUGAGCCUCCAAGCUCCCAGUGGCCUUGACUCAAGAUUGACAAAGCUCUUUGAUCAUCCAUUUCAACUGCUUGGUUCCAAGGUUCUUAACACCAUGGAUGAUGAGAAGCUCAUGUGCUGUACUGAAUGCACUUCCAAUUUUGAGAAGGAAGCCAAAGACACCAACUGUGGCUCAACACAGUUGCCAUUUUGGCUCCACAAGGAUGCCUUGCUGCAGUUGAAGAGGAAAUGGAACAGCCUAUGCCAAAGCCUCCAUCACACAAGACAUAGUCAAACUCAUCUGUUCCCCUCCUUCCUGAAUCAGUCUUCCACUGUCAAGAACACCACCUCUUCUUCAUCAUAUCCAUGGUGGUCUAACAGCAACAACAAUAGCAGAAUCUUGAUACAACCGCAUUCCCUGUCUUUCUCUGAGGCUACUCCUAGACUUGAUAGUGGAUUCCCAUUCAACACAGUCAAUCUGGGAAAUGGAAUGGGAAAGUGGCAGGAAGCAGAUGAAACAAAGCAGAGGGUUUCUGAAGCCAGCUUGAAUUCCCUGAGAAAGCCAGGAAACCAGAUCACUCUGUCCUUGGGUAGCGCUCUUGCCUCGGAUUCCGCGACAUCCAUGGAGCAGAAAGAAGUGGUGGCAGAUCGACGAGAACUAACCCAUAAAUUGCACGAGAACAUGCCCUGGCACUCGGAGAUCAUUCCUUCGAUCGUGGAAGCAGUGAAUGAUGGCAGAUCAUGCGAAAACAAGGGACUUUGUGUACUGCUUCAGGGUAGCGAUCGCAUUGCUAAGAGGAGAUUGGCACGAGUGCUGUCGGAGCAUUUUGGUGGAUCCGAAUCAAGGCUAACGCACAUCAACAUGAGGAAAUGGGCAGGCAAGACCUGCUCAUGUCGAGAGAUCCUCGAUGAUGCCUUGGAAAAGGGUUCCAAGUCUGUGGUUUUCAUGGAGGAUAUAGAUCGAGCGGAUGGCAACUUCAUGAGAUCUCUGGCAGAUGUUCUAAAGGUGGGAGCUUUUGAGAGCUCAUCCGGAAAAGAAGUGUGUUUGGCCGAUGCAAUCUUCAUUAUGACCACAUCGAGCUCGGCUAACUCUGAAGAUAUCGACGAGGGUUGCGACGAUGUGAUCGAGAUGAAGUUGCAGGCUGAAGAGAGAUCAACCAACGGAGAUCCCAAAAGGAAGCCAGAGACAGCGCUGCAGAACAAACCGAAGCGUCGUAGAACAGGGGACGGCGGCCUCGACCUGAACAUGCUUGCUGAGGAGGAGGAGGAGGAGGGGGGGGGAGUAGACUACAGCGACGGCAAGGAGGACGACGCCGUCCCCAGUGAUCUAACCAACGAGGAAGACUGCGGGAAUGAUCUCCGUCUUCCACCUGAGCUGCUCGAGUUGAUCACGGCUCGAUUCACCCUGGACGCUGACCCCGAGAGCUCCUCCUCUCUGGUGUUGCACAACCUCAUCUCAAAGCUUCGUCGGGCAUUCGACGAGGUGGGGAGCCGCGGGCAGCUGCUGGUCGAUGAGACGGCGGCGGAGGAGCUAGCGGCAGCCGCUGGUUCCUUCUCGGAGAGCUGCUUCGAAAGGUGGGUGAGGGAGGUGUUCGGAACCUGCUUGCAAACGGUAGCGAAGGGCGGGAACGUGAGGAUGAGCGCGGAGGGUAGAAAGGGAAAUGUGGGGGAGUUUGGGUUCAUGGGAUCCGUUCUACCGAAGAGGAUAGACGCGGUGAAGCUGUAAAAUAUAUUGGGAUGACCAAAAUGCCACUGUAACUUUUUUCUUUUC